AGGAUGCAGACUGUCACAUGGUCUAUUUCCUUUCUUUCUGGCAACCCAACGUGUUAAAACCUCAUUUCCUCAGCAGUCACAAUAUCUGUAACUCCAUCUGCAUCUGGCAUUCACAUGCCUACCUGCCUCCUGUCUCCUGUCUUGUUCGCCUCCUCGUUCAUUUAGGUGAUUAGAGGCCAUUCCCAUCCAGCCAUGACAGGGAAUUCCAACGGCACCAAGCUAGACAACGCCACCCUGUCCCUGUUAAAGGAUGGAAACACAAGCAUCAUCAUCUCUGUCGCCUACAUGAUCAUCACUGCCGUUAACCUGGUGGGAAAUGGCCUUUCUAUGUGGAUCCUCCUCUUCCGUACCUCGCCCAAGACUCCCUCCAUCAUCUUCAUGAUUAAUCUCACCCUCACCGACUUGGCCCUGGGCACUGCCCUGCCCUUUCAGAUUGCCUACCAGCUACAAGGAUACAACUGGAAUCUGGGACCCAGAAUGUGCAGUUUCCUGACCCUCAUCUUCUACACCAACAUGUACUGCUCCAUCCUGACCUUGACGGCCAUCGGUAUUGACCGCUACCUGGGCAUCGUCAGGCCCAUGCUAUUCAGACAGACCAGGGAGAGGAGGUCUAUUGCCAUCAUCAGUUGCCUCCUCAUGUGGGGUUUGGUCCUGAGCGUUCUAUAUCCGCUGAUGACCACAGACUUGACCUUUGAUAUUCCUGAACUCGGGAUUACCACAUGCUUUGACGUGCUGAAGACAAACAUGCUCCCAUCCAUGGCAGCCUGGGCAGCCUUCCUCUUCAGCAUGGUGUUUGUCCUCUUCCUCUUCCCUUUCUGUGUCACAACAUUCUGCUAUGUCAGUGUCAUACGCAAACUGGCCAGAGACUCAAAGACGGUCCAGAAAGAGAGAGCAAUACGUCUUGCCUUUAUUGUUCUCCUGGUCUUCAUCAUUUGCUUUGCACCCAACAAUAUCCUCCUGUUGAUACACACUGUGCUGAGACUUUUCUAUAAGAAGUCACUCUACAUGGCCUACAAACUUACUCUCUGUUUCAGCUGCCUGAACAGCUGUAUCGAUCCGUUCAUUUACUACUUUGCUUCCAGGGAAUUCAGACAAAAGCUGAGACAUAUAGUGAAUCUGCACAGCCAAAGUAGUGCGGACUCAAUGAAGAUGGAGCAUAAAGAAAGUAUAUACUCGACACAGUGCCCUUUUGAAGGUCAAGAGAGAGAACACAGCAAAAUGUCUCUGAUGCCGCAGCGAGAGGGAAUGUGAGAAAAGAAAAAAAAGGGUGAGAGAGAUAUGAGAAAGGAAGUGAGCUGAGAGUGAGUUAAGGUUUCUCAUGAGUGUAUCAGACUCUUACAAAAUCUAGACAUAUUUCAAAAUCUUUUUGCUUCAGUUUUUUAUGUUCAUCACAGAAAUUCAUUUUUAUUCCUGCAUUACCGUACAUGUUUUUCUUUUUAUGAAUGAGCAACCAUUUGUUGUCUGUAUAUUUUAAUAUCUGCCUCAGCAUCAUAACAUUUAUCCCGAGAAAAUAUGUAGCAUGCACACAUGUAAACAAAAUGUGAAUUAAGUAUUAACCUUCACUGUCUGAACAUAGCUGACUUUUUAAUAUUUUUAUUAUUACCUCUGUAAAUGUCUCUGCACUGUGAUUAUAUAUGAAUGAGUAGUUUUCUUUUUUACCUUUUAAUUUUCCUAUUCAUAUUUUUAUUAACUUUUUUGGCUUCCUCAACAUAAAUAAAUUUAUCAUUAUUUUUA